AUGUUAUUUAUUCCUUUCAAACCUUUUUGUCAGCCAUUUCACUCUCCUUUUCUCUCUUUCUUACUUUCAUUCAACUACUUUUUUUCUUUUAUUACUCUUUUAUCUAUACUUUCUCUUAUCUUCAGUCUUUUAUCUAUACUUUCUUUCUUUCUUUUAUUUUUCAACUGCUCUUUUGUUGUAUUACGUUCUGAAACAUUCUCUAAAACUUUCUUUCUUUGUUUUUUUCUUUCAAUUCUUUCCCUUACCUUUCUUCUCUGUUGCUUUUAUUCAACAACCCCUUACCUGCAUUACGUUCUCAAACAUUCGUUAAUAUUCUUUCUUUCUUUGCUGAACAGCUUUUUUUGUAUUCAAAUAUUCUCUCAAAAUCUUUCUUUCAACCUUUUUAUCAAUGUUUUUAUUUCUUUCUUUUUUGUUUUCUUUCAAUCUCUUUCUUUCAAUCUUUUUAGACCUUUUCUUUCUUUACUUUUUUUUCUUUCCUCCUUUAUUUAUUUGACCAACAUCUUUUUACUUUUAUUACUUUCUGCAAAAUGUUCUAAAAUUCAUUCUUUCUCAAGACGUUUCUUCAUAAACCCUUUUCCUUCUUCUCUGAUGAAAAUGAUUAAAGCCAGAAAGUUGGGUAAGCCUGUGUGUUCGUUAAAAGAUUUUUUACUGAAACUCUCUCUCUCUCUCUCUCUCUCUCUCUCUCUCUCUCUCUCUCUCUCUCUUCGUAUUUCUUUGAAUCGUGUCUCCUCCGAUUUUUAA